AUGUCCACCAAAAUUCCUUCUAAACGGCAGGAUUUGCAAGCAAUCCGAGGAUUGGCUAUUCUGUCGGUUCUCGGAUUCCACUUCUACCCAAACCAGUUUCCCAAUGGAUACCUCGGAGUGGAUCAGUUCUUUGUCCUCUCUGGAUUUCUGAUGUGCAUGUUGUUGAGCAAAACUUCCGGUAUGUCAAUUCCAGCUGUUUUUCUAUACUUCUACACCCGCCGCUUAAAACGGAUCCUUCCGAUGUACUUCUUUGCAAUCUUUCUUGCACUAAUUGCACUCUACACUGUAUUCAGUGUUACCACUGUUCUACAGAACCAAUAUUCUGCUCUACGAGCCUUGUUUUUUACGUCUAAUCGUAAAAAGUCCGAAGAUGAAGACUAUUUUGAGAUGCUGGCCCUGGCAGUAGAUAUAUUCACUCACACUUGGUCCCUAUCAGUUGAAGUCCAAUAUUAUUUGAUUGUCCCGGUAAUAUUUAUGAUUGGAGAUACCUUAUCAGAAAACAAACAACUCGGAUAUUACUGUGCAUUAUCCUUGUCAUCCCUCAUUUACUACCUUGCAUCUCAUACGUCUGUUUCAUUCAACAGUGUGUUUGCAAGAAGUUGGCAGUUUUUAAUCGGUAUGGUAGUUUACUUGAAACAACGCCGGGAAAGCAGUUUACCUGAAAACCAAUUAAAAAGUGAUACUGGAGAAAACACUCUGAAGUACUUCUUCCUUGUUCCCAUGAUUUUUCUGGCGUUUUUCAAAUAUGCGAUUCAUGCCACUGUCAUGAGGUUAAUAUUCACAAUCUUUACUGGUGGUUUUAUCCUGUGUUCAGUUGAUGGUGACUAUUUCGAAAGUCGAUAUUUAACCUACAUCGGAGAUAUUUCCUAUACGUUGUAUUUAGUUCACUGGCCGAUCUAUGCAUAUUGCAAGUUAAGUUACCCGGAAAGCUAUUCAGUAUUGACAUCUGGUUUGAUAGUGUCUAUAUUGAUGUCAGUGGUUUUAUACGAGACAUUUGAGAAGUGGUACCUGAAACUCUCAAAUAUAAAUGUAUCAGUUCUCGUGGUGGUUUUAUUCACAACAAACUUGAUUCUGAUCUACAAAGACGCCAUAUUUGACACAACACCUUCUUCCAUAUCAAGCAACUCGACGAAUUUAGAUGGUGUCACUGAUGAUAUGGAUGUUUACGACGCAAUUCGCUUGAACGCCCACUGGCAUAUGACUGAUCUCCAUGGACUUGAGGUGCCUGGAUGCAUUCGAAAAACUCCUGGGAAGGAUUGGUGUGAUUAUGAAAUGAAUGGAACUGAAUUCAAGUUGGCAGUGCUGGGAAACAGUUUUGUCGAGAAUCACUUGAAAAUGUUCAUUCAAGAAUGCGGACAGAGAUCGUAUAAUCUGAGGGUGGUCACGGUAAGCGCAUGUGAGCCACUGGCGGCUUAUGAGCCUAAACCCGAAUGCAAACAAGAAUUGAAAGAAUUUGUCGACUUCCUUGAAGCCUCACAACCGGACUAUGCAUUUAUUUUGACACGAUUUUUUGCUACAGGAGUUGUAGCAAACUCUACAAGCUCCACAGACCUGAUCUAUCUGGAAAUGAGGGAGCAGAUGAGCAAACUUCUUCCAAAUAUUAAAAAGAAAUUGUAUAUUCUGGAUGCGUUCCCGAGAGUUGAUCAGCCAUAUACUUUGCAUGUGGCGAAGGAUUUGAAGAAUGGAAGAAAUGUGGAUGAGAUUCAUAAGCAACUUCUCGAUGCUGACAACUAUAAACUGGCUCGUCAACGGACUGAAGCAAUCGUUAAGGAAUGUGGUGCCAAGUGUGAGCUCAUAGACUAUGAGCCAUUGCUCUUCAACAAAACCUCCAAUCGUUUUGAGUUUUUCGAUUCUCGGGGGUUCCUCUACUUUACCGUAAUCAAUCAUCUUUCUGCGCACGGAUUGGAGUUGGUGCGGCCGAUUUAUACAAAGAUUUGUCGAGAUUUAAAAUGA